CGUCGGAGCCUCGUAGCGGAGAGAGUUUUAAGAGUUAACCACGGAACAGCUACUAGUACCCCUCACAAGAUGGCCGAGACAAAGUCGGAUAUCCACCUCUACACGGCCCAGACGCCGAACGGCAUCAAGAUCUCGAUGCUGCUCGAAGAGCUGGGGCUUCCGUACAAGGUGACGGCCAUCGAGCUCGACAAGAACACGCAAAAGGAGCCCUGGUUCCUCGAGAUCAACCCCAACGGCCGCAUCCCCGCUCUGACCGACACCUUCACCGAUGGCUCGCCCAUCCGCCUCUUUGAGAGCGGCUCCAUCAUGCAGUACCUCGUGGACCGGUACGACACGGAGCACAAGGUGUCGUAUCCCCGGGGCACGCGCGAGUACUGGGAGGUGAACAGCUGGCUCAUGUGGCAGAUGGGCGGCCUUGGGCCAAUGCAAGGCCAAGCAAACCAUUUCACUAGAUACGCUCCUGAGAAGAUCCAGUACGGCAUCAACAGAUACCAGAACGAGACGCGCCGCCUGUAUCGCGUCAUGGAGGCGCAGCUGAGCAAGUCCACUUCGGGCUAUCUCGUUGGAGAUAGGUGCACCAUCGCCGACAUUGCCUGCUGGGGCUGGGUCGCGGCUUCUUACUGGGCAGGCGUCUCGCUGGAUGAAUUCCCUAAGCUGAAGGAGUGGGUUGACAAGAUCGUGUCUCGUCCUGGUUGUGAAAAGGGUAGGCAUGUGCCAAAGCCUCACACGGCCCUGGAGAACAGGCAUAAGUCUGAGGAGGAGCUCGAGGAGCAGGCGAAGAAGUCGAGGGCCUGGGUGCAGCAGGGCAUGGCUGCCGAUGCAAAGAAAUGAACCAGUUGCAUGUGUGGUGUGCAUGAUAGUGCUGUUCGGAGCAUAUGCAAUCAAUCAACCGCAGGUACCAGCAUCACCUUGUGGUUUGUUGGACUGGUAUUAGUCAAAUCGAAGGUCAUCUUUUGGACUUUCA